AUGGCAAACUGUUAUACUUUUGCCAAAACUCCACACCGAACAGCUACCAGUACAUUUUUAUUUUCUCUUCUAUUAUUAUUUGUAUAUUUUAAUUUAUUUAAAGCCGAACGGCCUAAAACAGUUUUUAUUCAUAAUGGUCAUGCAGGCCUUAGCCGUUCACAUCGUGUAGAAGGAGCUUCAUCAAUUUCACUUACACACUCAACAACAGCCGGUGCAUGUAAUGAGGAUGAAUUUCGUUGUGAUGAUGGAAAAUGUAUUAGAAAUGAGUGGCGCUGUGAUGGUUCAGGAGAUUGUAUGAAUGGAGAAGAUGAACGUGAUUGUCCUCAUCCAGGUUGUAAGACAGAUCAAUGGCAAUGUGAUAAAUAUGAGUGGCAUUCUGUUUCUUGUAUUGCUGAGUAUCAACGUUGUGAUAAUAUUACUGAUUGUUUUGAUGGUUCUGAUGAAAAAGAUUGCCCCUCACCAAUGGUUUCCUGUGAUAAUAAUGAUGGUUCUGUUUUUCAAUGUGCUGAUGGAAGGCAAUGUUUUAAUUCUAGUAAAAUGUGUGAUGGAAUUUUUGAUUGUAGAGAUUUAAGUGAUGAGAAAAGUUCAUGUCGUGAAAAUCAUACAGCAUGUUUUCAAUAUCAAUUUAGAUGUGCUGAUAAUACUCAAUGUAUUCAAAAGUCUUGGGUUUGUGAUGGUACUAAAGAUUGUGUUGAUGGUAGUGAUGAACCUGAAAGUUGUCAGUUUAAACCUUGUCAAGUAACUGAUUUUCAAUGUAAAAAUAAAAGAUGUAUACCUAAAAAAUUUCAAUGUGAUUUUUAUGAUGAUUGUGGAGAUUCUAGUGAUGAAGAAAAUUGUGGACAUUAUAAAUGUUCACCACAUAAAUGGGCUUGUCCAAAUUCAGGACACUGUAUUGAUGAAGUAAAACUUUGUGAUGGUAUUAGUGAUUGUCCUGAUUCAAGUGAUGAAAAAAAUUGUAGUUCUAAUCUUUGCCAUACAUUAGGUUGCCAAACAGGAUGUAUUAAAUCUCCAACUGGUGGUAAAUGCACCUGUCCAAAUGGUUAUAAAUUAGAUGAAAGAUUUCAAAGAACAUGUUCAGAUAUUAAUGAAUGUAGUGAAUUUGGAUAUUGUGAUCAAUUAUGUGAAAAUCAUAGACCUGGAUUUACAUGUUCAUGUAAAGGUGGUUGUUUUACACUUAAAAUGAAAACAGCUGAUCCUAAUGGUGGAAAUAGUACAAUGAGAGGAUACUGUACAUCUCCAGAUCCUGAACAAAUGAGAUUGUUUGUUGCUAGAAGAGAAGGUUUAUAUAAAAUAAAUCCAUAUUCUACAAGUGAUGAAGCUAAAAAAAUAACAUCAGGAGAAUUUUUGUAUGGUGUUGAUUAUGAUUAUGCUGAUAAAAAAUUAUUUUGGACAGAUAGAUUGGCACAUGCAAUAUUUUCUGCCGAUUUGAAUGAUAAUGGAGAUAUUGAUAAAAUUAAAAAAUUAGAUUUAAAAAGUUUAAUUUUUCCUAGAAAUUUAGCUGUUGAUUGGAUAACAAAAAAUUUAUAUAUAAUAGAAUCAGGUUCAAGAAGAAUUGAUGUAACAAAUUAUGAAGGAGAUCGUAGAACAGUUCUUAUAGCUGAUAGUUUAAUAUUACCAUUAGAUAUUGCUUUAGAUCCAAUUCAUGGUGAAUUAUUUUUUACUAAUCAGCAUAAUAUAGAAGCAUGUUCUAUGGAUGGUUCUAAUAGACGUGUUCUUGUUGAUACACAUACACAUCAAGUUUCAGGAAUUGUUGUUGAUAUUCCUUCUAAACGUGUAUAUUGGGUAGAUCCAAAAGUUGAUAGAGUUGAAAGUAUAGAUUAUCAUGGUAAAGAUAGAAGAAUUGUAGCACAAGGAAUGCGUUCUGUUCCUCAUCCAUUUGGUUUAGCAUUAUUUGAUGAAAAUCUUUAUUGGACAGAUUGGACAAGACUAGGUGUUAUAAAAGUUGAAAAAUUUGGUUCUAAUUCUGAUAUUAUAUGGACAAAGAAAGAAAAUAAUGUAUUUCCAAUGGGUAUUGCUGCUUAUCAUUAUGCCUCUCAACCAAAUGAACAACAAUCAGAUUGUUAUGAUGUUAAAAUUCAUAAUCCAUGUAAAAAUGCAGAAUGUGAAGGAAUGUGUGUUUUAAGUUCUUCAGAUUCUACAAAUAUUGUUGGUUAUAAAUGUGCUUGUCCUAUAGGACAACGUCUUGUUGGAGGAAGUAAAUGUAUUCCUGCAAUUGAUUAUUUAUUAUUUAGUUCUAAUAAAGUUGUUCGUGGUAUAUAUCCCAAAAUUCCAAAUAAUGCAUUAGCUGAAGCUAUUUUACCUAUAUCACCAUCUUCUCAAAGAAGAAUUGGUAUGUACUUUGCAGUUGAAUGUGAUGUUCAUGGAAAUUCAUUCUUUUAUGCAGAUAUAAUGGAUAAUACAGUUUUUAGAAUAAAACCAGAUGGUGAAGGUAAUGCCCCAAUUCUUGUAACACAUAAUGAUGGAUUAAUUUCAAUGUCAUAUGAUUGGAUAUCAAAACAACUUUACUAUAUAGAUAAUAUUAGAAAUGCUUUAGAAGUAAUAAAAGUUUCUGAUCAAGGUUUAUUAAAUGCCGAUCAAUUAGAACAUCGAAAAUUAUUAACAAAUUUACGUGACCCAGUCUCUGUUGUAGUACAUCCAUGGAAAGGAUAUCUUUUUUAUGCUGAAGCUGAAAGACCAGCAAAAAUAUAUAGAUGUAGCAUGGAUGGAUCUGAUUGUUUUGUUAUUCGAAAUAUUUCAUUAGGAAGACCAUCUUCAAUGACAAUUGAUUUUAUUGAAAAUCGUUUAUAUUUUUCUGAUUCACUUCUUAAAAUAAUAGGUUCAAUUAAAUUUGAUGGUUCUGAUUAUCAAAAUAUUCCUGUUGAUGGAGCUAUUCCUGUAUCAAUUGCUAUUAUGGAUGAAGAUUUAUAUUUUAUUCAUCAAAGACCAUAUAGUAUACGUAUGAUUAAUAAGAAAACAGGUGGUGAUGGUAAAAUUAUUCGUGAUUUUAGUAAAGAAGAAAGAAGUAUAUUUGGUAUUAAAGCAUGUAGUGAACAAAAUCAACCUAUUCCUGAUUUAUCAAUUGAUCAUCCAUGUCAUAAUCAUGAUUGUGGACAUUUUUGUUUUGCUAUACCACAAAAUUCAACAAAUGGUAAUGAAGGAGAAGUUACAAAAAGAUGUGGUUGUAAAGAUUCAUUUAAAUUAGCUGAAAAUGGUUUAACAUGUGUUAGAGAUACAACUGAAAUAACAGAAAUUACAUGUCCAACAAAUGGAACACAUUUUCAAUGUUCAAAUGGUAGAUGUAUACCAAUGGAAUGGAAAUGUGAUGGUGAAAUAGAUUGUUUAGAUGAUGGAUCUGAUGAAAUUGGUGAAGAUGGUAAAAAAUGUAGUGGUGAUAUAAAAUGUCCAGAAAAUACUAUUAAAUGUGAAAUAACAAAACGUUGUAUUAGUGCAUUAUAUGGUUGUGAUGGUGAUAAUGAUUGUGGUGGUGGUGAUUAUAGUGAUGAAGAUCCAAAAUAUUGUAAAGAAGGUGAAUCACCAGUAUGUGGAGCAAAAAAAUUCCAAUGUGCUAAUAAAAGAUGUAUACCAGAAGCAUGGAAAUGUGAUUCAGAUAAUGAUUGUGGUGAUGGUAGUGAUGAAGAUUUAACUUUAUGUCAUAAUCAUACAUGUACAGUAAAUCAAUUUUCAUGUGGUAACUCUAGAUGUAUUCCUGUUUAUUGGUUAUGUGAUGGUGAUGAAGAUUGUUAUGAUGGAACUGAUGAAGAUAAAGAAAGAUGUCCACCUAUUCAAUGUAGAACUGAUCAAUUUAGAUGUUCUAAUAGUAGACAAUGUAUAUCAUUAAAAAAUCUUUGUGAUGGUCAAGAUGAUUGUCAAGAUGGUUCAGAUGAAGAUUCUUGUCUUAUUGAAAAAGGUAAAUGUGCCGAUAAUCAAUUUAAAUGUGUUACAUCUGGUAUUUGUAUACCAAAAUCAUGGCAUUGUGAUGGACAAAAAGAUUGUGAUGAUGGUAGUGAUGAACCUAGUAAUAUUUGUGGUAUCAAAACAUGCCCUAAAGAUCAUUUUAGAUGUGAUAAUGGUAAAUGUAUUCUUUCAUCAUGGGUUUGUGAUUCACAAAACGAUUGUGAAGAUGGUUCAGAUGAAGAUCCUAAAAAUGGAUGUAGCAGUGAUAAUAGUUAUCAAACAGUUAGAUGUCCAUUUGAACAUACACCUUGUAUUAAUGAUCCUAAUAUCUGUAUACCAUUCCAUCAACUUUGUGAUGGUAAAGAACAUUGUCCAGGUGGUACUGAUGAAGGUGGUAGAUGUUCAAGAGAUUUAUGUGCUGCUGAUAGAGCUGGUUGUGCAUUUAAAUGUCAUAAUAGUCCUAAUGGACCUAUUUGUUCAUGUCCAAUUGGUGAAAUGGUUGUUAAUAAAACAUCAUGUGAUCAAGAAAAUGAAUGUCUUGAUCCAAAAUCAUGUUCACAAAUUUGUACUGAUGAAAAACAUGGUUAUAAAUGUUCUUGUGAAGAUGGUUAUCAACUUAGUAGAGAUAAAAAAACAUGUAAAGUUUCUGAAAAUCGUGAUACUAUGAGAGUAUAUGUUUCAAAUAGAAAUAGAAUAUAUUGGUCUGACUCAAAACUUGAUAAUUGGAGAACAUUUGCUGCACAAGUAGAAAACGCUGUAGCACUUGCAUACGAUUCAGUUUCAGAAAAAAUAUUUUGGUCUGAUAUUAGAGAAAAAAAAAUUUUUUCAGCAACACUUAAUGGAACUAAUAUUACUACUUUUAUUAGUGAAGGUUUAGAUAUUACUGAAGGUAUUGCAAUAGAUUGGAUUGGAAGAAAUUUAUAUUGGGUUGAUUCAUCUCUUAAUACUAUUGAAGUUGCAAAUCUUGAUAAAGAAGGUGCCCGUGCAGUUUUAAUUCAUGAAAAUGUUGAUCAACCACGUGGUAUUGCACUUGAUCCAAGAAAAGCAUUAAUGUUUUGGACUGAUUGGGGACAAAAUCCUCGUAUAGAAAGAGCUAAUAUGGAUGGUAGUGAUAGAAAAAUUAUUGUUAAUACAAAAAUUUAUUGGCCAAAUACUAUUGCAUUAGAUCUUACAACUAAUAGAGUUUAUUUUGCAGAUUCAAAAUUAGAUUAUAUUGAUUUUGUUAAUUAUGAUGGUACUGGAAGACAUCAAGUACUUGCAUCAACUAAAUUUGUUCAACAUCCACAUGCUUUAGCUAUAUUUGAAGAUAUGAUUUAUUAUAGUGAUAGAAGAUUACAAAAAUUACAAGUAUAUCCAAAAUAUCCAAAUGGAACAUUUGAUGAUUAUCCAUCACAUAGUUUUUCUAAAGCACUUGGUGUUGUAGCAACACAUCCACUUCUUCAACCUAAAAAUGCAAAUAAUCCAUGUAAAAAUAAUACUUGUAGUCAUAUAUGUCUUCUUGGACCAAAUAACAAAUCUACAUGCCUUUGUCCUGUUGGUAUGAUUCUUGAUAGUUUAAAAAAGAAUUGUAUUAAAGAUAACAAAGAUUUUAUUUUAAUUAUACAAAAAAAUAAUAUUUAUGGAUAUGAUUUAGAUAAAUCAUUAAAUGGUACACCUGCUUUAGAAGGUAUUGUUCCAAUGGCUGGUUUAUCUAAUGCUUAUGAUGCUGAUAUUGAUACUACUUCUGAAGAAAUAUAUCAUUUAGAAAAAUCUUCAACUGCUAGAUUAUUAGGUGCAAGUGUUAUAAGUAUGGCAAGUAUUUGGAAAACAGCAAUUAAUACAAAUAAUAAAACACAAAUUUAUGGAAGUACAAUUCCUGAUGAUAAUAAUUGUAUGGCAUUUGAUUGGAAUGGAAAAAAUUUAUAUAUUGGUAAUAAAAUAUCACAAAAUAUUGAAGUUUUAAGAGUAAGUGGUAAUUCAAAAUAUAAAGCAACAUUAUUAACAAAUGAUCAAAGUCCAACAGCAGUUGCUGAUCCUGUUGCAAUAGCUGUUGAUAGUGAUCGUGGUUAUAUUUUUUGGCUUGAUCGUGGUAAUGGAGCUGUUUCACCUAAAGUUGGUAGAGCUGAUAUGGAUGGAAAGAAUGCUUUAGUUAUUGUUAAUAAUGAUCUUACAGAACUUGAUCAUAUUGCUUUAGAUACAUCUGGUCAAAGAGUUUAUUUCACAGAAUCUAAAGCUGGAAGAAUUACUUCUGUAACAUAUGAUGGACAAGAUAGACAUUAUGUUUUAAAUGAUGCAGGAAAACAACCAAAUGCUUUAGCAUUUAUUGAUAAUAAAUUAUUCUACUCAGAUUCAGCUUUUGAUAAAAUUUUUGUUGGUGAUUUAACUAAUCCCAGUACAUUCAUUGAAUUUAAAGUAUUUAAAAGUGAUAUUGAAAAUCUUAAUAAUCUUAAAGCAAUAAAAGUUUCACAAUCAGGAUCAACUCAUCCAUGUCGUAUUAAUAAUGGAAAUUGUGCACAUCUUUGUAUUCCAAGACAAUUUAAUCAAUAUUCAUGUAUUUGUUCAUCAGGAUACAUAACUGAAGGAACUAAUGGUUGUCGAUUGUAUGAUGAUUCAUUCCUUCUUAUAGCAACAAAAACACGUGUAACAGGAAUACCAUUAGAUACAAGUAAUGGAAAAGGUGUUGCUAUACAACCAAUUGGUGGUAAUGGUAUAACAUCUAUAGAUAUAGAACAUGAAACAAAGUCAAUAUUUAUUGCUGAAUCUCAAGGUUCAAAUAAAGGUAUUUCACAUGUAUCAAUAGGUGAAGGAGAAAUAACACAAAUUGUAAAAGAUUCAUUUGGUAAUUUUGUUGUUAAAAGUAUUGCUGUUGAUUGGAUUAAUUAUAAUCUUUAUUUUAUUACUGCUGAUGCAGACCGUAGUCAUAUUGAAGUUUGCCAAUUAGAUGGAAAAUAUAGAAAAAUUAUUCUUACUACAAAAACAGAAACACCAUCAUCAAUUGCUGUUGAUCCAAUUGCUCGUUACAUUUAUUGGUCUGAUCGUGGACAAAAACCUACAAUUCAAAGAGCUUAUUUAGAUGGAAGUAAUAGGCAAGUUAUAGUACAUGAUGGAUUAAAAGAACCUACUGAUCUUAUUGUUGAUCCAAAUACACAUUAUGUAUAUUGGACUGAUGCUGGAUUAGAUGGUAUUUUUAGAGUUCGAGGAGAUGGUGGAACACCAGAACUUGUUAGAAGUGAUAUUGCUGAAGCAACUGGAAUAUCAAUUCUUGGUCAAAAUAUGUAUUGGACUGAUAGUAGAUUAGAAAAAGUUUUUAUGGCAAGUAAUAAACCAAUUCAAGGAAAUAUGAUAAUGUCACCAACAACUAUAGCAGCAGCUAUACCUAAUUUAGGUGAUGUUGUAGUAUUUGAUCAAUUAUCUCAACCAAAAUCUAGUUCACCUUGUCAUAUUACUGAUAAUCUUAGAAAAGCACCUUGUCCACAAUUAUGUUUUGCAAUACCAGGAAGUCAAACACCAAAUUGUGCUUGUUCUAGAGGAGUAUUAAAAGGAAAAAGUUGUGAAGAACCAGAUAGCUUUUUAUUGUUUUCAGAUGGUGAUCAAUUAGUUGAUUAUAAUCUUGUACCAAAUAUUAAAGCACCACCACCAUUAAGAGAUCAUCUUCCAUCUAUUUCAAAUCUUCAAACAUUUGAUGUUGAUGUUAAUUUAAGAAGAGUUUUUUAUGUAGAAGAAAAUCCUGCAGGUACUAAUAUUUCAUGGUUCCCAAUGAAUCUUCCAUCAUCUACAAGACAAGUACUUACACCAAAUAAAGAAAAAAAAUCCGUUGAUUUAGCUACUAGACAUAUUUCUGAUCUUAAAUUAGAUUGGCUUUCACAAAAACUUUAUUGGACAACUGGAAGAACAGGAAAAAUAUUUGCAAUUGAUGUUCAAGGAAAUCAUUUAGCUUCUAUAGCUACUGGUGAUUGGACUUAUGCACUUACAUUAGAUCCAUGUUCAGGAUUACUAUUUUGGUCAGAUUCAGGAUAUAAAGCUUCUGGUGGAGCUUAUACACCAAGAAUUGAAAGAGCAAAUAUGGCUGGUGGUGAUAGAGAAAUUCUUGUUUCUGAAAAUAUUUCACUUGCAGCAGCAUUAACAGUUGAUAUGAAAGAACAACGUUUAUAUUGGGCUGAUGUUAAUAGACUUGUUAUAGAAUCUAUUGGUUAUGAUGGUAAAGAUCGACGUGUUAUAGCUUCUGGUUAUCGUGCUAAAUCAUUAGAUAUUUGGGAUCAUUGGUUAUAUUUAUCAGAUCCAAUAUCAAAUGCUAUUUUUAGAAUGGAUAAAGAUACAGGUAAUAAUUAUGAAAUUGUUGCUUCUGAUAGAAGAAUUCCUGGAACAGUUCGUGUUUUCUCUUCAGAUACUGAUGUUAAAUUAAGAAAUCAAUGGUGUGCUCUUCAUACAGCAGAAUUAUGUAGAAAAAAUAAUGGUGGUUGUUCACAAUUAUGUCAUCCAAUUUCAACAGAUAUUGGUCUUUCAGCUACAAAAGUUCAAUGUGGUUGUGCUGAUGAUUAUGAAUUAGUUCAACAACCAGGUGAAGAUUAUCCUACACAAUGUGUUAAAAGAGAAAAUGAUCAAACAUCAUGUCAACCACCUUAUAAUUUCCAAUGUGCAUCUGAUGGAAAAUGUAUACCAUUAUCUGAUACAUGUAAUGGUGUUUCAGAUUGUUCUGAUGCUUCUGAUGAAGAACAGUCAUACUGUAAUACACGAUUCUGUCCAGAAAAAUAUUAUUUAUGUACUAAUAGACGUUGUAUAAAUGAAGAUUUACGUUGUAAUGGAAUUUCAGAAUGUGGUGAUGGAUCAGAUGAAUUAGAUUGUCCAACUACAGCUAUAUGUGGUGAAGGUAUGUUCCAAUGUGGAAAUGGUCAUUGUAUCAAUGCAACAACAAAAGUUUGUGAUGGUCAUUUAGAUUGUCAUGAUGAUACAGCUUCUGAUGAAAAUUCAACAACAUGUCCAGGACUUCCAAUAGAUUGUAGAGGAGUUCGUAUCAAAUGCCCAAAUACUAAUAUAUGUAUUCAACCAGCAGAUUUAUGUGAUGGUUAUAAUGAUUGUGGAGAUAAAGCUGAUGAAAAUAAACUUUUCUGUAUGAAUCAACAACCUCCAAAACAUUAUGUUAGAUGUCCAAAUGGAAGACUCAUACCAGAGACUUGGCAAUGUGAUGGUGAUGCUGAUUGUGAAUCUUCUUGGGAUGAAACUCAUACAAAUUGUACUGAUAGUACAGGUAAAAAAAUUUGUGUUGGUGAAUAUCUUUUCCAAUGUAAUAAUGGUAAAUGUAUUUCAAAAGCUUUCAUUUGUGAUGGUGAAUCUGAUUGUGUAGAUGGUUCUGAUGAAUCAUCUAUUCAUGCUUGUGGUAAUAGAACAUGUUCUGAAGAAGAAUUUCAUUGUAAAUCAAAUGCUUUAUUACCUCAACCAAAAUAUGAAUGUAUACCAAAAUCGUGGGUUUGUGAUGGUGAAGUAACAUGUGCUAAUGGUGAAGAUGAAGCUGAAGAAUUAUGUGGAGUUUCUAGAAAAGAUUGUAAUAAAGGAGAAUUUAGAUGUAAAAAUUCACAUUGUAUUCAUGCUGCAUGGGAAUGUGAUGGAGAUGUUGAUUGUUUAGAUGGUAGUGAUGAACAUGCUAAUUGUACUUAUACAGCAUGUCAACCAGAAUUCUUCCAAUGUGCAAAUCAUAAAUGUAUACCAAAAGGAUGGAAAUGUGAUGGAAACUUUGAUUGUGAAGGUGGUGAAGAUGAAAAAGAUUGUACUAGUGAUCAAACAUCAGAAGGAAUUGAUUUUAGUUCAUGUCCUUCAGGACAAUUUGCCUGUACAAGUGGUGAAUGUAUUGAUGAGAAAAAAGUUUGUGAUAGAAAUUAUGAUUGUCAAGAUAGAAGUGAUGAAUCAUCUUCAUGUUUUGUUAAUGAAUGUGAAAUAUCAGAUAGUCAUCUAUGUGAACAAAAAUGUGUUGAUUUAACAAUAGGAUAUAAAUGUGAAUGUUUUGAUGGUUUUAGAAUAAAUGAAAAAGAUAAGAAAUCAUGUAUUGACAUUGAUGAAUGUUCUGAAGGAAAAAGUGGAUGUUCACAAUAUUGUGAAAAUAAAAUAGGUGAUUUUAAAUGUUCAUGUGGAAAUGGUUAUGAAUUAAAUAGAAAUGAAAUGAGUUGUAAAAGAAUUAAUUCUGAUGAAACACCAUUCCUUAUAUUAGCAAAUAAACAUUAUGUUAGAAGAUUAACAACAGAUGGUAAACAAUAUGAAUUAAUAGCAAGAGGUUUUGAAAAUGUAGUUUCACUUGAUAUAGAUAUGGUAAAUAAGGAAGUAUAUUUAUUAGAUUCAGGAAAACUUCGUAUGUACAAAGUAAGUCUUGAUCAAAUAAAUGGACCAAUAAAAGAUUAUGAAACAAUUGUUAGACAUAAUGUUUAUGGAACUGAAGGUAUUGCAAUUGAUUGGAUUGGUAGAAAAUUAUAUAUGUUAAAUAGACAAGAAAGAUCACUUAAAGUUUGUGAAUUAAAUGGUAGAUAUUGUAAAACAUUGAUAAGAGAUCGUAUUCAACAACCUAAAGCUAUUGUUGUUCAUCCAAAAAAAGGUUUUCUAUUUUUCUCAGAAUGGUCAUUAUCACCAUAUAUUGGUCGUAUAGGUUUAGAUGGUUCUCCAGAAAAGGAUGAUCCUAUUGUAAAGAUAGCUGAAAAUGAUCUUGGAUGGCCAAAUGCAUUAGCAAUUGACUAUUAUACUGAUAAAUUAUAUUGGGGUGAUGCUCAUUUAAAUGAAAUUGGUUUUAUGAAUUUUGAUGGUACUCAUAGACGUAAAUUGGCUUCUAAAUUAACUUCUCAUGUUAGUAGUAUGAUUAUUUUUGAAGAUUAUGUUUAUUGGAGUGAUUGGAAUUUAAGACAAAUUAUUAAGGCAGAUAAAUGGACUGGUAAUAAUGAAACAGUUCUUGAAAGUACUUUACAACUUCCAAAUGAUCUCAGAAUAGCACAUAGUUUAGCUAAACCAAUGUAUGAUAAUCCAUGUGGUUCUAAUAAUGGUGGUUGUUCACAUCUUUGUUUAAUAAAAGAAGGUGGUGAAUCAUUUACAUGUUCAUGUCCAGAUCAAUUUACUCUCCAAUCUGAUAAUAAAUCUUGUCAAGCUAAUUGUACAGAAAGACAAUUUUCUUGUGGAGGUGAAGAUGCUAAAUGUAUUUCAAAAUUAUGGUAUUGUGAUGGGGAACGUGAUUGUGCAAAUGGAGAAGAUGAACCUGGACCAGAAAUUUGUGGUGUUCGUGUUUGUCCAAUAGGAGAAUUUCAAUGUAAAAAUCAUAACUGUACAAGACCAUUUACUUUAUGUGAUGGAAUAGAUGAUUGUGGUGAUGGUAGUGAUGAAGUUGAUUGUGAUAAACCAUGUGAUCCAUGGAUGUUUAAAUGUAAAGAUACAGGAAAAUGUUUACCAAAACAUUUCUUAUGUGAUGGUGAUAGAGAUUGUAAUGAUGGUAGUGAUGAAGAUGAUAUUAUUUGUAAAGUUGAAACUAAAAAUUGUACUGCAGAACAAUUUAGAUGUAAUAAUAAAAAAUGUAUACCAAAAGCAUUUGUUUGUGAUAAUGAUGAUGAUUGUGGUGAUCUGUCUGAUGAACCAAAUGAAUGUGUUAAUGUUGAAUGUAAGAAAGGAUGGAGUAGAUGUGCAUCAAGUUAUCGUUGUAUACCUGAUUGGGCAUUUUGUAAUGGACAAGAUGAUUGUAGAGAUGGAUCAGAUGAAGUUCUUUCUAGAUGUCCAGCAUGUGAUGAAGUUGGAGAAUUUAAAUGUCCUUCAACUGGAAAAUGUAUACCAUUAAGAUGGAAAUGUGAUUCAGAAAAUGAUUGUGGUAAUAAUGAAGAUGAAACAGAUCCAUCAUGUGGUGGUACUUCUAGACCAUGUUCUGAAUCAGAAUUUAGAUGUAAUGAUGGAAGAUGUAUACCAGAAAGUAAAGUAUGUGAUGGAACAAUACAAUGUAUUGAUGGAUUUGAUGAACAAAAUUGUAAUAAAAGACAAUGUCGUGAAGGAUAUAGACAAUGUGCUGAAGAUGGUACAUGUAUUCCUGAACAUAAAUGGUGUGAUAGAAGAAGAGAUUGUCCAAAUGCAUCAGAUGAAACAAGUUGUCAUGGUAAUAUAACAAGAAGAUCAUGUACAGAAUUUGAAUUUGAAUGUGGUGAUUCAGUUUGUAUUCCUAAGAAAUUCCAAUGUGAUGGAGAUUUUGAUUGUUCUGAUAAAUCAGAUGAAACUAAUGAUCAAUGUAAAUCAGCUCAAUGUUUACCACCACUUAGAUUUAGAUGUGCACAUUCAAGAUUAUGUCUUAAUGUACUUCAAUUAUGUAAUGGUAUAAAUGAUUGUGGUGAUAAUGAUUUUUCAGAUGAACAUCUUAAUAUGUGUGAUAGUUUUGUUGGUUAUGAUGAAUGUAGCUCUGAUGAAUUUAAAUGUUCUAAUAGAAAAUGUAUUAAAAUUGAUAAUGUUUGUGAUCAUGUUGAUCAUUGUGGUGAUGGUAGUGAUGAAAUAGGAUGUGCUAAAGCUAAAGGAAAAACAUGUACAUCAUCAAAAGAUAAUGGUGGAUGUAGACAUUUAUGUACAGAUGUUAAAGAUGGCUAUUUUUGUCAUUGUAGAGAUGGAUAUCAACCAGAUCCUGAUAAUCCAUUUGAUUGUGUUGAUAUUGAUGAAUGUAAAGGAAAUAAUACAUGUACACAAUCUUGUCUAAAUACAAAAGGUGGAUAUCUUUGUAGAUGUUUAGAAGAUUAUGAAAAUUCUGUAUUUGUUGGAGCAAUGUCAGGUAAAGAUUGUAGAGCAAAAGGUGAUCCAGCACAAGUUAUUAUAGCAGCUGAUGAUGAAAUUGUAGAAUUACAUUUAUCUGGUGGUAAAGGAGUUAAUAGGCAUGCUGUAGCAAAUGCUGCUGAUACAACAGGACAAAAUGAUAUUAUAGGUGUAGAAUUUGAUCCAAGAAGAGAAUUAAUGUUUUGGAUUGAUAUUACACAAAAGAAAAUUUUUAGAUCUGCAUUACCUAAAGGUAAUCAAAGUCAUGCUGGACAACCACUUGAAAUUGAUUUUACAUCACUUGGAAUUACACCAUCAGCUAUUAGUGUUGAUUAUGUUACAGGAAAUCUUUUUAUUGCUACAAUAAGUGAUGAUGCAAGUACAUCAAGUCUUAUUGCUAGAAAAAAAAGAAUGUCUGAACCAAUUAAAAAUACUGGUGCUAUAUAUGUAGCAAAGAAUGAUGGAAGAUAUUUUACAAAACUUAUUGGUUCACGUUUAGAAAUGCCAACAGCAAUUGUUACAUUACCAUCAAUUGGAAGAAUUUGUUUUUCUGAUAGUGGUAUGAGUGCUAAAAUUGAAUGUUCUGAUAUGGAUGGAAGAAAAAGAAGUAUACUUGCUAAAGAAUUAGUUUUUGCUCCAUCUAGUAUGACAGUUGAUGAAGGAAAAGGAAACAGAAUUUAUUGGACUGAUCCAAAAUAUCAUAAAAUUGAUUCAAUUCUUCCAGAUGGUUCAGAUAGAAAAGUUAUUGUUAAAGAUAGAAAAACACCUUAUGCUGUAGAUGUAUUUGAAAAUAAUCUUUAUUGGGGAAGUAAAGAAACUAAAACAUUAUAUGUUCAAGAUAAAUUUGGUAGAGGAAGACUUUAUGUUUUAGCUUCUGGAUUAGAAGAUAUUCAUGCAAUUCGUAUUCAACAAAGAUUUGCCAAAGAUACUAAAAGAAUUGAGGGUUCAUGUAAAACAAGUGAAUGUUCACAUAUUUGUGUGGAACUUCCUAAUAAUGGUUUCCAUUGUAUCUGUCCAGAAGGAAAUCUUCAAAGUGAUGGUAAAACAUGUUCUGCAUCAAAAGUUGAAGCAUUAGAAAUGCCUCAACAAUGUAAAUGUGAAAAUGGUGGUGUUUGUAUGGUAAAUGGAUUAUGUGAUUGUGGUGAUAUGGAAGGUGAAUAUUGUCAAAAAGGUUCUUCUGUUACCAAACAAUUAAUUGGAUCAUUUAGAAGUGGUGCAUUAGUUGGAAUUUUAUUAAUGAUAAUAGCUUUAAUAAUAAUGGGAGUUAUAGCUUUCUUAGCAAUAAAUGCUUACCAAAAAAAAUGGUUAUUAUUUAAAAAGAAAGAAGGAAAUGAUCCCAGUGUAUCUUUUAGUGGUAAUGUAAUAUCCUUCUCUAAUCCAGUAUUAGAAAAUAAACAAAAUGAACCAACACAAAUAGAAUACCAAACAGCUACAUUGACAGCUGUAUCAACAGAUGAAGGAACACCUUCAAGUACAACAUUUUCUAAUCCAGUAUAUGAUCUUGAAGCUAAUGAUAGUUUAGAAUUAGCACCAACUUCGUUUAAAAAUCAUACCCCAGUAAUUGAUAAUAAUAUUCAUAAAGAUAAAAAAAAUAUAGAACCAAUGACUGUUGAAAAUCCUUUGGCAGAUUUAGAUGAAAUUAAUCAUAUAAUUGAACCACCAUUUAAUGCAACAACAUCAAGAGGUGAUUUUUUAAAAAAUCCAACAGUUCCACCACGUCCAAUUAAAGGAUUAGAAAAAGACAAAACACAUCUUGUACCAGACCAAAUAUCGGAUGUGUAA